CGCCCUCCCUCCUGCCUUCCCUCCUGCCCUCUCUGCCGGUCCUUCCUCGAAGCCUCCCUUCGUCCUCUUCUCGCCACAAUCAAGAUGCUGCCCGCACUGCCGCGGCUCUUCCCCAAGGUUGCGCUUGUGCGCGACUUUGACCGGUCCCUCUUCCAGACUACCUUCACCACCCCCGCGCUGCGGGUGGCCGCCAACCAAUGUGGCCGCUUCCUGAAAGAGAUGUCCGGGAUGCUUCUCUCCGCGCCGCGGAUCAAGCCCAUCAUGCCAGUGCCCGACUCGGUGGACCAGGUGUCUGAGGAGGCCAAGAAGUCCCUGCGCAUGCUGCUCCUGAAGCCGGGUGUCCGUCGGGAGGAUCUGCCCGCCGGACUCCUCACCGAGGAGGAGGGAAGCAGUGCCUGUGCCUGGAUCGAGGACUUCCAGCUGUGCCUGGAUUACAACUACUGGACUGUGGACCAGAUCUUUGACUCGGCUCUGCCAGAUGGCCUGCCGAAUGUGUCCGGUUUUGAGACCAUCGGGCACAUCGCCCAUUUGAACCUUCGUGACCCGCACCUGCCGUACCGGGAGUUCAUCGGCCAAGUGAUCCUCGAUAAAAACUGCCACAACAUUUCGACCGUGGUCAACAAGAUCGACACAAUUGAGCAUCAAUUCCGCUUCUUCAAGAUGGAGGUGCUGGCCGGCAAGGAUGACCUGAAUGCUGUCGUGCGUGAGAAUGGUUGUACCUUCAAGUUCGACUUCAGCCGGGUGUACUGGAACUCGAAGCUGCACCGGGAGCACGAGCGCCUGCAGCUGUGCUUCGACCGCGGCGACACGGUUAUUGAUGUGAUGGCCGGCGUCGGGCCCUUCGCCGUGCCGGCCGCCGCGCACCGCCAUGUGAACCUCGUCCUGGCCAAUGACCUGAACCCUUCGAGCCACGAGUUCCUGGUGGAAAACAUUCGCCGGAACAAUGUUGGCAAAUAUGUCACCCCCUACAAUCUGGACGGCCGGGAGAUGAUUCGCCGAGGGCUGGCCGAGGCUCGCGCCCUCAAGGCCCGGCGCUUGGCCGACACUGGCAGUGUGGUGGCCUCGCGGCCGGCCGUCCGUCUGACCCAGUCGACUCCCUUCAUCACUCGCUUCGGCCUGGACCACAAGGCCCCGGUGGUUCCGUCGCCUCGGGUGGUGGACCACUUCGUGAUGAACCUGCCGGCGAUCGCCAUCGAGUUCCUGGACGCCUUUGUCGGCCUCUACCGCGCGGAGUAUCCGGAGCUGGCUGAGCAGCUGGACCAAGACCCGGACAUGGGGUCGCCGGCCACGGCGGCCGCGCUGGCGGCCAUCGCCGACCAGAUGCCCAUGAUCCAUGUGCACUGCUUUGAGUUCAUCCACGAUGGCGAGGUGGCCGCGGCCAAGGCCGUGGCCGGGCGCGUGGGCACGGUUCUCGGCGCGUCGAUGACCCUGGCCCCCUCGUCGACCCUGAAUCUGGUGGUGGCCGACCGGAACUGGUUCCUGCAGGAGGCCCCGGCCGGGGCGGCGGCGUCGGCCACCCCGCCCGCCCCGCGCGGCAAUGCCGCCAAGAUGCCAGACCACCUGGCGGUGCCCGGGUCUCCGGGGACCGACCUGCCGCGCCCGGCCGUCGGCACGGUGCACGUGCACAACGUCCGCAGCGUGGCCCCCAACAAGGACAUGUACUGCGCGUCGUUUGUCCUGCCGCCAGCCGUGGCCCUGCGCCAGCCGGCCGGUCCCGAGGUGGAUGCCGCGGCUCCGGUCGCCGGCAAGCGCCCCCACCCGGAUGCCGAGUCCGGCGAGCCGGCCAGCAGCAAGAAGCACCAGGCCGACGUGGUCACCAAGCCGGAGUAGACUGGUCCUUCGCCCCCCUUUGCCUCCUGUUGUCGCAACGCCCCGCUUCCCUUUCCCCGUCCUUGUGAAUGCCAGCCUGCAUAUUCC